UUGGAGUGGGAUUCGGCCCACGGCGCUGACCGAGUGCUGGACCGGCGGCCGACGGGCACCCUGGUCUGCGCGCACCGCUGCUCCGGGUCACCCCGGCCGAGGCGCUGGCUGCGGGAGACCUCAGGGAGGGCUCGGGCUGCCGGGCUGGGCGCCAUGUCCAUGGAGGACCCCUUCUUUGUGGUGAAAGGAGAGGUACAGAAAGCAGUCAACACUGCCCAAGGGUUGUUUCAGAGAUGGACGGAGCUCCUGCAGGGCCCCUCUGCAGCAACAAGGGAAGAAAUCGACUGGACCACCAACGAGCUGAGGAACAACCUCCGAAGCAUAGAGUGGGAUCUGGAGGACCUGGAUGAGACCAUCAGCAUAGUUGAAGCAAAUCCUAGGAAAUUCAACCUGGAUGCAACGGAAUUGAGCAUAAGAAAAGCCUUCAUCACAAGUACUCGGCAAAUUGUCAGGGACAUGAAGGAUCAGAUGUCAGCUUCAUCUGUGCAGGCACUGGCUGAAAGGAAAAACAGACAGGCGCUUCUAGGAGACAGCAGCCAGACCUGGAACACUGGAGUGACGGACCGAUCCGGCCGCCUUGACCGCGGGCUGCAGCUGGCCAACUCCCAUUUCAUCGAGGAGCAGCAGGUACAGCAGCAGUUGAUUGUGGAACAGCAGGAUGAGCAGUUGGAGCUGGUCUCUGGCAGCAUCGGGGUGCUGAAGAACAUGUCCCAGCGCAUCGGAGGGGAGCUGGAAGAACAGGCAGUGAUGCUGGAUGACUUCUCUCAUGAGUUGGAGAGCACUCAGUCUCGACUGGACAGUGUGAUGAAGAAACUUGCGAAAGUGUCUCACAUGACCAGUGAUCGGCGCCAGUGGUGUGCCAUAGCCAUCCUCUGCGCAAUCCUGUUGGUCGUGCUGAUCCUCUUCCUGGUGCUGUGACGUCGGCCCUCCUCAGGCCUUUCUGCACUCGGACCCAGGGGAGAGGAGGGACAAGCACUCCGCCACUCACGUUCCUCUCCCGACACACCUCUGCCCCUUCCUCUGUGUGACUCCACCACUGAGACAGCCUCUCUCCAGCGCUGGAAGGGCAAGGGUGGAAGAGGAAAGAGGUGACCGCACUCCCUGCUGGAGAGUAGACGCCCCGCUGCCCGGUGGUUCUGAGGACAGCUAGCCACUGCUUUG